AUGACUUUAAAUUCUACAUAAGACUUGACAUACCAAAAUGACUUAAGUGAACCUCUUUUAGUUAAAGAUUAAUUAAAUGAGAUCAGUCAAAAGCCAAGGACUUACGAAACUUCAAGAGUUGCAUAGUUAUUUAAGAAGUAUUACCUAUAUGCAGCUAUCUUUAUUGGAUUAUGCUAUGGAUUGUUCAACUAUGUUAUAUUUAUUGCAGUGAAUGGAGUGAUGGAAUUGAGGACUAUAUACCUGAUUACUGUGAUAAACUUUAUGUUUUUCAUAAUCUAUCAUUUAAUUUGUGCGAUUUAACUCAAGAUUUAGAAAGGUUCCUUCUGGAAAUUGGAAGAUUCAGCUUACUAUGAUCAAAAAGGUAGAUUUGAUCUGAAAUUGGGCAGUAUUGUUAUUAUAAGAUCUUGCUUUCAACUUUUAUCAUAGUUUAUCCUUUAUUACAUAUUGCAAACUUCAAUUAUGUCUGGAAUCAAUGCAUCUAUUGUUUUCUCAAUUUACGCUGCUACAUCAGUCAUGGUUGCUAUUGCAUUUUAUCUUUUAUUCAAAGAAAGUCUAGGAUUAAAGCACAUUAUAGGAAUAGUACUUGUUAUGGUCAGUGUAAUACUAAUAGCAAAUGGAAAAUAUGCACCAGCUGAGGAUGUAGCAGUCAGGCUUGGGAUUAAUGAGGAAAAUAGAAUUAGUGUUUUCAUUCCAAUAGCUCUAGCCUUAGCGAACUGUUGUAUUUUUGUAAUGAGUAGUGUAAUGGCAAGACUGAUUAGAACCACUAAAAUCUCCACACUUCAGUACACUACAGACUCUUAAGCACUAGUUUCGACUGUUCUAACAUCAAUGGCAAUUUAUGAGCAUUUUUAUGUAAAACCGUAUGCUUUCUACGAGUUUUCAUUAGUAUCCAUCUGUUCUUUACUUUAUUUAAUGGGAGCAGUAGUAUUUACAGGUGCAGUCACUUAUGGAAAAGGAGGUACUACACAAGCUAUUAUGUAGAUAUAAGCUCCUUUCUAACUGGCCUUAGAAAUAAUCUUCUUAUCUAUUUAUCCACAGUUUCUUGGAUUUCUUGGUAUGGUAGUUUGUAUAGUGGGGGCUUUGAUUAUUAUACUUGGAAAGCAUUGA